AUGCCCGUCUCCUUUGCGCGUCUUGCCGGCCAUGCGGCGAAGCGGGCAUGCCUGAACGCCUCCCGUCCACAGCUACGCACAGCAAUCCCUUCACGGCCCAUUGCGCGGUGCCUAUCGACAUCACUACCUCGCAAAUACGCCCAAGUCGAAGACAGCCAGCGGACGCGCCUGAUUGCGACCAACGAGGACUUUGUAGCGCCCACCAACCCCGAGGACCCUAACGCCACAGGCGGAGCGGAGGACGAUGGCAACUUUGUAGACAGCAGGAAGAUCCGGCAUUACACCGUCAACUUCGGCCCCCAGCAUCCCGCAGCCCACGGCGUGUUGCGCCUGAUUUUGGAACUCAAUGGCGAGGAGAUUGUCCGCGCUGAUCCGCACGUCGGGCUGCUACAUCGCGGCACAGAGAAGCUCAUCGAGUACCGGACAUAUCUCCAGGCCCUGCCAUACUUUGACCGGCUGGACUAUGUCUCUAUGAUGACCAACGAGCAGUGCUUCUCGCUAGCUGUCGAGAAGCUGCUGAACAUUGAGAUCCCCAUCCGUGCCAAGUACAUCAGGACAUUAUUUGGCGAAAUCACGCGGAUUCUGAACCAUCUCAUGUCGAUCUUGUCCCACGCCAUGGACGUUGGUGCUCUAACCCCCUUCUUGUGGGGCUUCGAGGAGCGUGAGAAGCUCAUGGAAUUCUACGAGCGUGUAUCUGGCGCCCGUCUUCACGCUGCCUACGUACGCCCCGGCGGUGUAUCCCAGGAUAUCCCUAUUGGCCUGCUCGACGACAUCUACCAAUGGGCCACCCAGUUCGGCGAUCGCAUCGACGAAACUGAGGAGAUGUUGACAGACAAUCGGAUUUGGAUUGGCCGCACCAAGGGUAUCGGUGUUGUCUCGGCUGCUGAUGCCAUCAACUACUCCUUCACCGGUGUCAUGCUGCGUGGAUCUGGUGUGCCUUUUGACGUCCGAAAGUCACAGCCCUAUGACGCAUACGACCAGGUUGAAUUUGAUGUCCCCGUUGGUGUCCACGGUGACUGCUACGACCGCUACCUCUGCCGUAUGGAGGAGUUCCGUCAAUCUCUCCGCAUCAUCCAUCAGUGCCUAAACCAAAUGCCUGCCGGCCCCACCAAAGUUGAGGACUACAAAAUUUCUCCCCCGCCACGUGCCGCCAUGAAGGAGAAUAUGGAGGCCCUCAUUCACCACUUCCUGUUGUUCAGCAAGGGCUACACCGUCCCACCUGGCGAGACAUACAGUGCUAUUGAGGCACCCAAGGGAGAGAUGGGUGUCUUCCUCGUCUCAGACGGCAGCGAGAGGCCGUACAGAUGCAAGAUCAGGGCUCCCGGAUUCGCACAUUUAGCCUGUAUGGAUCAGAUCUCAAGAGGUCAUCUGCUUGCUGAUGCUGUGGCCAUUAUCGGCACUCUUGAUUUAGUAUUCGGCGAAGUGGACAGAUAGUGCAUAUUAAACUGCUUCAUUUCUUAUCUAUGUUUGGUGAGGCCGAUCGGUAAGACAACUGGCAAAAGAAGGAGUGUAGUGCGAGGAUGGCAUUGCUUGCAAGAAGAGUUUGAGCAACAGGAGCCAGGUGGCUGACUGUACAUACUGUACUCUACCAUUUUCUUUUGAGAGUCAAUCUAGUUUGCACGUUCAUCCGCUUCCCACAUUUUUUUCACUUGUCAGUUGGCAUACGCGGGUUUAUCGAAUGAGGUCCAGUCAUUUACUGCAUGGAGGUAAGCUUGUAUCGAGGGAAUACGCAAUUGAAGCCAACAACCAUACAUCUAAGCAAGCAGUUGGGC